AUGGGCGACAUGGUAAACUCCCUUCCAUAUGCUGUCAAUCCCCUUCCUUUCGCGGGAAAAGUCAUCGCGGUUACUGGAGCCAGUCGAGGCCUGGGUCUAGCCCUUAGCAAGUACUUGCUCAUCCGUGGUGCUACUGUCUCUAUGUGUGCAACUUCAGCUGACAACCUCUCCAAUGCUGCCAAAGAGAUCGACGGUGAACUUCCGGAUGCCAAGGGCCGGUACUGGACGUGUGUUGUGGACAUUGCCAACCUCGAUAGUGUUCGCUCUUGGAUUGAAGAGACCGUCGCAAAGUUUGGAAAGCUCGAUGGGGCGGCGAAUGUUGCAGCGGUGGAGCAACGCGAAAUCUUCCCCAUAACAGAUCUUGACCCAGAGUACUUCGCCAGGCUAGUCAAUGUGAACGUUGUGGGCACCUUCCAUUGCUUGAAAGAAGAGAUGAAGGUUAUCAAGGAUGGAGGCUCGAUCUACGCGACAUAUGGUACUUCGGCCUACGUCGCAGCUAAGCAUGCACUCAUCGGCUUGACAAAAGUUGCUGCUUUUGAAGGAGCAUCGAGACGAGUCAGAGUCAACGCGCUGUGCCCCGGCUGUUUCAACACACCGAUGAUGACAGAACCGUUCAACUCGUCACAAGGGAAGUUCUUCCUAAACAAGGACAACAUUCCAUGUAUCCUCAAGCGUGAACUCCCAGAAACAUGGGAAAUUGCUGGGUCUAUUGCGUUUCUACUUGACACCAACAUUACCCAGCUCCAGCGCGAUGCAGAUGAUUGUUUGCUUACAUAUGGAACCGCAUUUCAUCCCGAAAUCAUCACCUCGACCGAUGGUAUCCACGUGGUGACUGCCUCAGGUCACCGAAUGAUGGAUUUUACCUCAGGACAAAUGUCUACUCUAAUCGGACAUAACAACCCUGAGGUCGUGAAAGUGAUCGCAGAGCAUGCACAGCAUCUCGAUCAUCUCUUCAGUGGGAUGCUGAGCCCUCCAGUAAUAAAUCUGGCAAAGCGUCUGACUGGUGUCGCGCCUGCUGGGCUUGACAAAGCAUUCUUCCUAAGUACAGGCGGAGAAAGCAAUGAGGCCGCUAUUCGAUUAGCCAAAUUCUAUACUGGUAAAUGGGAGAUUGUUGGCCUGGCUGCCUCGUGGCAUGGUAUGACGGGUGCAUCGCUUGGUGCUCAAUACCAUGCUGGGCGUUCUGGUUACGGCCCCAAUAUGAUCGGAAACCUAGCACUGCCCACCCCCAACUCUUAUCGUUCGAUCUUCAGACACCCAGAUGGUACGCAUGACUGGAAGACAGAACUGGACUAUGGCUUUGAUCUUCUGGACAAACAAUCAUGCGGCUCGCUUGCAGCAGUUAUCAUUGAACCCAUAUUGUCAAGUGGCGGUAUGCUAGAGCUUCCACCUGGGUACUUGAAGGCAUUGAAAAUGCACUGUGAAGCACGAGGUAUGCUUCUCAUCGUCGAUGAGGCACAGACUGCACUCGGAAGAGCUGGUGACAUGUUCGCGUUCACACACCAUCCCGAAGACGAGGGCACCGUACCGGAUAUCCUGACACUCAGCAAGACGCUUGGAAAUGGAAUACCACUCAGCGCCAUCAUGACAUCGAACCACAUCGCUCAGCAUGCCAAAGACAACGGUUUCCUGUUUUACACUACGCACAUCAACGAUCCUCUUCCAGCUGCUGUUGGCGAUAAGGUUCUUGAGGUUGUCAUCAGAGACGAUCUCUGUGCUCGUUCCAAGAAACUCGGUGCCAAGCUUCAAGCAGGACUAAGGCAACUACAGUCACGAUACGGUUGUAUCGGUGAUGUACGUGGCCGAGGCCUCAUGGCCGGCAUGGAAGUGGUUAGCGACAGGAAAACGAAGGUUGGCGCCCCGGAAGUCGGGGCUGCAGUGUCAAAGAAGAUGGUAGACAUGGGUCUUUGGGCCCAACUAGCGACAAUGCCAUCUUUUGGUGGGGUGUUCCGGAUUGCGCCUCCCAUCACUGUCACGGAGGAGCAGCUCGACCUCGCUCUAUCGAUCAUCGAAGAAGCUUUGAGGAAAACUCCGGGUACAAUGCCGUUAUACACUGAUGUCGAUUCUGGACGUUCGUUGGAUUGA